UAGACCUUCUACUGGACGUCGGACCACCAGUCUAUUUCGUCUCCACGGAUGUGGACGUUACGAAGCGAACUGGGCAGCAGGCUCUUUGUGCAAGAUUCACGACCUGCAUGGACCAGUCCGUUGCUAAUAUUCUUGAGGGGGAGCGCAAGCGUCCAGAGUCCUCAUUCAUUUCCGAACCAGCGGCUUCAUGGAUCGAUGACUUCUUGAAGUGGACUGACCCUGCAUUGGAUUCUUGCUGUAGAGAUUCUGUCCCUCCAUGGAAUAUCACAAUGAAUGGGCUCCCCGAAGGCCCCGAGUUCAUCAGAUAUGUGAAGCAAUGGCUCAAGUCUCCAACUGAUGAGGAUUGUCCUCUGGGGGGCCAGGCGGCUUAUGGUACAGCAAUCGCACUGUCACAGGAUGGAUCUUCCGUUGAGGCAUCUCACUUCCGAACGUUCCAUGCUCCAUUGAAAACUCAAGCUGAUUUUAUCAAUGCUUUGGAAGCAGCUCAUCGUAUCGCCAGAGACCUCUCCGAGUCAACAGGAACAACAGUGUUUCCCUAUUCGCUCUUCUACGUCUUCUUUGAUCAGUAUUCCCACAUCAUCCACAUGACCCAACAAGUGCUUGGCGUUGGUCUUCUGUCAGUCCUACUGGUUACGUCCGUCAUAUUAGGGUCGUGGAGGACGGGAAUGAUCGUCACCGCUGUG